AUGGCAAACGUGUACGAUGAGCAGGAGGAGGACGUCUUGGAGGUAUACCGGGACAUCGUGGAGAAUGGCCCGGAUUUAUUCUCCUUACAUGGCACGACCUUGGAUGCUCCGUUCAGCUUCGUCAGCAAGAGCUUGAACCUCAAGUUUCAGCUCCCCUCCGAAUAUCUCCUCGGAAAGCCCCUCAAAACCGUCGUCGACCCGGAUGACUGGGGAGUGCUGACGACGGCACUGCUUGCAGUGUUGGGCCCUAACCCAACCAGCGGUGGUAAAAGUGGCAACAGCCGUGACGGUGGUGGUGGCGGUGGCAUUGAGGGGGGAGGCGUUGGGGGUGCGGGGGCGGAGGCGGCGGCACCUGCCGCGGCGGUGGCUGUGGGGAGCGGCACAGUUGUGGAACUGAACGUGAUGUGCGGAGGCGCGUCAUGCCUGGCAAGCAUGUCGAUUGCGCUCGGCUGCAGGGGGCUGAUCGUCGUCACGCGCAUGCAGUGA